AUGACUAUCAAGUGGGAAGAAGAAGUGGAGAAGAAACUUCUGGAGUACAUGAGUCACUCAUCUACCACUGGAAAUGAAGCGGAGUUUGCGGGAGUUGUGGUCAAGGAUUUGGAAGAAAACGGAUGGACGGUUUACAAACAGACAAUUCCAGGCACUGAUCGUUUCAAUGUUUAUGCAACUUAUCGAAACUCGGAUCCAAAACAUGUCAAAGUGCUUUUGAACACUCAUCUGGACACAGUUCCUCCGUACUUUCCACCCACCCAAGACGAGAAGAAUAUCUACGGUAACGGGUCGAACGAUGCUAAAGGACAACUGGCUGCAAUGGUCACAGCCGCCAUCAUUAUUUCUAAUACUGACGAGGAUGUUGCAAGGGCAUUGGGAUUACUCUUUGUGGUAGGAGAAGAACUUGACCAUGUUGGAAUGAUUGAAGCAAAUAAGCUGGAGAUUCUACCUGAGUACUUGCUGGUUGGAGAACCCACCGAGCUAAAGUUCAGUACUAUUCAAAAAGGAGCAUUGAAAGUGAAGCUAACUAUCACUGGCCAAGCUGGACAUUCUGGAUACCCAGAUUCCGGAUCAAGCGCCAUUCACAAAAUGGUCGAGGUUCUGAACGAUGUUCAAAAGUUCCAAUGGCCAUGCGAUGCAACCUACGGAGAUACUACCUAUAAUGUUGGAAAAAUUACCGGUGGACAAGCUCUUAAUGCCUGGGCCGCUCAUUGUGAAGCUGACAUUUUCUUCCGUGUAGUCACUUCUGUAAAGAAUAUCAAGGAUCUGCUUGCGGGAUUGGUUAACGGAAGAGCCAACAUUACUCUUCUCAGCUCUAAUGACCCGGUUAUCUUGGAUGUUCCACCAAUUGAAGCCGAGCUGGAUCAAGUAUCCUUCAACACUGACAUCGCUUACUUCGACGCGAAGGACAAAGUGAAAGGCAAAUAUCUGUUCGGUGGAGGCUCAAUUAAAAAUGCUCACUCAAAAAAUGAGUUCAUUCCUAAAGUAGAGCUUCAUCAGUGCACAUCCACUCUGGUCAAGCUUGUCCACCAUCUUUAUAGUAAUCAUCAUUGA